UCUGCGCAGUUCAAGAAUCAAAAUGGCGGCAGAUUUGACAAGACGAAGGGAAGUAGCUGCCACUUGUCUGCAGUGUUAUUUCAGAGGAUAUACAAUAAGAUCAAAGCUAAAACAAGUGCAGAAAGAGUUUGAAGAAAUUGUACAUGAGCUGGAUGGACAUGAUUUUCAUGUCGUGUGGCCUUCAAACAAACAAGCUAUAUCUUUACCUUUGUGUGUUACAAAUGAAGUAAAAAUACAGGACAAUAAGCCUUUACAUGAUGAGGAUGAUGGCAACGAUGUUGAAGACAGAACAUUGACACAAGAUGUUUGUGAUAAAAUAGAUGACAUAUCAGCCUUACAUCCAACAACAGAUAAUCAAGAGAGGCUUGGAGGUACUUCAGGAAUAUCUGAUGACUUUGUCCAUGACAAAGUAAAGAGAAACUUAGAACAAAACUUUGAUGAAGCAUUUCCUUGUGAAGAAAAAAAUCCUACAAAUUCUGUCAAACCAGCCUCUUUAGAUAAUAAUCUAGAUCCUGGAUCAGGCGAAGACAAUGGACAAGGAAACAUGACUAUUGAUUUACCACAUUUUGUCAAUAAACAAAUAUAUAAACAGCACAGUACUCCAGUUUCCUCAGGAGACACAGAACAGACUGAUGGCAUAGUACCAAGAAGACAUCCUUUACUGACAGAUAGUUGGAUGACAGACAAAUCCUUUGAUGCUGUUAGUGAUGACACUACAAUUAGUGACAAGGAUUUACAGCAAAAGAGAGAACAGAUAGCAAUGGAAUUACUAUGGACUCAACAGGCCAUUGAAAGCAGAAAAAAUUAUCUCAGAUUGAAGAAGAACAUGACAAGUACAAAGGAAGGCGCGUAUUAUGCAUUCUCUGGUACUGGARAACUCCCAACAAUACAAGAUGGCUGGUGGGGUAAGGGAGAGAAGAAAGCUGAAGACGAAACUAUCAACAAGAUUACCAUUACUGUUGGUGAUGACGUCCUUGCAGACCUCAAGCAAAGRCUAUCAAAAACACGYUUCUUCGAAACGCUGGAAGGUGUUCAAUGGGAAUAUGGAUCAAAUCAGAAAUACAUGAAAGAGCUCGUCAAGUAUUGGAUUGAAAAGUUUGACUGGAAARCUCAAGAAAAAAUUAUUAAUUCUUUCGCAAACUUCGAGACCAAAAUUGAAGGGAUCAAGGUCCACUUUUGGCACGUAAAACCACAGGUCAAACAGGGCCAGAAACUAAUUCSUAUAAUGUUUAUACAUGGCUGGCCUGGAUCUUUCUUUGAGUUUUAUAAAGUCAUGCCAAGGCUAAUGAAAGGUUCAGAGGACUUUGCUUAUGAGAUAAUAUGCCCAUCCAUYCCUGGUUAUGGGUUUUCUGAAGCUCCCCACAAGCAAGGAUUUAGUGCACUAAAUGCUGCUGGGAUAUUUGUCAAGCUUAUGGCCAGACUAAAACAUGAAAGCUACUAUGUGCAAGGAGGAGACUGGGGRUCAGSURUUGCAAGAUACAUGGCUUAUAUUGAUAAGAGAAGAGUUAAAGGUAUUCAUCUUAACAUGUUUCCCACCCAAGCACCUUAUGGUCCAUUGUCGUACUUCACUGGAUAUUUCUUGUUGCCACCAAAAGAGCACAAGAAAAUUUUUCCUUUAAAAAAUUUCUUCUUUAAAAUGCUGCGUGAAACUGGUUAUUUUCAUAUACAAGCUACAAGACCAGAUUCUGUUGGUAUGGGGCUGAAUGAUUCUCCAGCAGGAUUAGCAGCAUACRUAGUAGAAAAGUUCUUCRUAUGKRCUGGAUGUAAUGUGAAUGAGUCCUCAUCAUGCCUUGWGUCUCAUUUCACAAAAGAUGAGUUACUGACCAAUGUCAUGAUCUACUGGGUUACAAACUCCAUCACUUCAUCCAUGAGGCUAUAUAAGGAGACUAUUGGAAUWGYAAUGUCUAGUUUCCCAACAGAAACACCUACAGGACUAGCAGCUUGUCCUCAUGAAAUACUUAACCCUCCAGAGCCCUGGCUUUCCUCAACCUUCAAGAACCUUGUUCAGUACACAGAGAUGCCCCGGUGCGGACACUUUGCUGCUUUUGAAGAACCUGAUUUGCUUGUCAGGGACGUUUUGCAGUUUAUUGAGAAAAUGGAAGCCAAGUAGUCAUCAAGGAAGAUGAGGUACGUUAGUUUAGAUUCUAGUUAGAAGAUAGACUAUUUCUUAGACUGUUGUUGUGCUGUGUAGCCUAAGUAACGUGAACAAUUCAUGUAAGUUGUGUGACACGUAACGCAUUCGUAUUUUGUACAACACGUGACGACAAUCUCGUAAAAUAACUGCAGUCUGCUUCAUUAAGGAAUAGAUAUUGGAUUAGCUUAGGAAUAGUGAGCUAGGCACAGUAUAAAGAAGCUUCCGCACCGCGAAACACUAGUAAUGACAGCCAUUAACAAUAAUUAGUUUAAUAGUAACGAUAAUUAAUAAUAAUCAAUAAACUAGCAAGAAGUACAUAAUUACGUAUAAUAUAAUCAUAAUUAUGUAUAUUAACAAUUUUUUGGUCGUUUACCCAAUGUCGUCAUUACUAGAGAAGCUAGUAAAUGUUACAGUUACAAUUAAAUAGAUAUAAUAAUGA